CUAUUGUAACGUGUCCACCCCUUUGGUUUUCAGGUAAGGGGGUCAAAGCAGCAGCCACAGAGCAAAGCGGCAAGGUGACGCAGACAUGAGUGCGAACAGCCAUCAGGAGGUGGUGACCACUCCCCCGACACCCGGCGGGGGGACCAAGGAGCGCUAUUUCGACCGGGUCAACGUCAACGAUCCGGAGUACAUCAGAGCCAGAAACAUGUCGCCGGACCUCCGGCAGGACUUUAACGUUCUGGAGCAGAAGAAACGUGUCACACAGAUACUACAGAGCCCGGCUUUCAAAGAGGAGCUGGAGUGCCUGAUCCAGGAGCAGCAGCGAAAGGGGAACAACCCGACCGGCCUGCUGGCCCUCCGGCAGAUCGCCGACUUCUUCAUGGCCAGCUCAGUGGCCGGCUUCAACGCCUCCCCUCUCAGUCUGGGGAUGGUGACGCCCAUCAACGACCUGUACGGGGUGGAGUCCUCCUCUAUGGUGAAGGGCGAGAAGCUGACGCGCUGUAAGCUGGCCAGCCUCUACAGGCUGGUGGACCUGUUCAGCUGGGCCCACCUCGCCAACUCCUACAUCACAGUGAGAGUGAGUAAAGAACAAGAGCACAUACUCAUCAUCCCCAGAGGUCUGUCGUUCGCUGAAGCCUCUGCAUCCAACCUGGUGAAGGUGAACAUCAUCGGGGACGUGAUCGAGCAGGGCUCCACCAACCUGCGGAUCGACUCGGCGGGUUUCAGCCCACAUGCCGCCAUCUACUCCAUGCGCCCGGACAUCCGCUGCGUCAUCCACGUGCACACUCCGGCCACGGCGGCUGUGUCCUCUAUGAAGUGCGGCAUCCUACCCAUCUCCCAGGAGGCGCUGAUCCUGGGAGACGUCGCCUACUACAACUACCAGGGCAGCCUGGAUGACCAGGAGGAGCGCAGAGAGCUGCAGAAAGCCCUCGGCCCGACAGCAAAGAUCCUGGUGCUGAGAAACCACGGCGUGGUCGCUCUCGGGGAGACCGUCGAAGAGGCCUUUCACUACAUCUACAAUGCCCAGUACGCCUGCGAAAUCCAGGUGAAUGCCAUCUCGUGUGCUGGGGGAGUGGACAACCUCAUAGUGCUGGACCCGGAGAAGUACAAGUCUCGGGUGUUUGCAGUGGCCACGGCGGCGGCCGUCAACAUGGCCGGCCAGUACAAGUGGAAGAUCGGAGAGCUGGAGUUUGAGUCUCUGAUGAGGAUGCUGGAUAAUCUGGGCUACAGGACGGGCUACGCCUACCGACACCCCAUCAUUCGGGAGAAGCCGAGGCACAAGAGCGAAGUGGAGAUCCCCGCCACCGUCACGGCCUUCACGUUUGAGGAGGACGGCGAGGCCACGCGGCUGCCCUUCAAGUUCCUGCAGCAGCGGCAGCAGAGGGAGAAGACGCGCUGGCUCAACUCCCCCAACAGCUACACUAAGGUCAGCGUGGAGGCCGGGGAGGAGCGCUGCAGCCGGACCACCACGUGGAUGAGGGCGGAUGAAACAGGAACCCCGAUCCGGAUCGAAGACCCAAAUCAGUUCGUCCCUCUAAACACCGACCCCACUGAGGUGCAGCAGAAGAGGAACAAAAUCAGAGACCAGAACCGGUUAGAUGUGAUGACAUCAGGCCCGCGGUCUCAGCACCUCGCCGGCAUUCCUGUCGAUCAACCACGACAGGAUCUGGGGCAAACAGGCGUGCCGCCAUACGUGCCCACAGAGGAGGACCAGAUGGCUCCUCUUCCUCCCAACCCGUUCAGCGAGCUGUUGGAUAAGGAGGAGCAUCACAAAAACGUGGAGAGAAGGCAACUUGGCCUCAGCGAUGGCGAGCACGAGCUAACCUCCGACGACGGCUCCACUCUCUCUCAGUCUCUGUCUGUCACCCAGUCCCCACAAAUCACUCCGGCUAAAGAAGAGAACCACACGGGCCUGAUGAACGGCAAGGACAACCACGACGAGGAGCUGUCCAAGCGCGUCAGCCAGCUGACCACCAGCGUGGAGAGCGUGGAGAUCACCGUGCGCUCCGGCGAGAAGAUCGAGGAGCCGCUGUCCCCUGAGAGCUCCCCCUCCAAGUCGCCCAACACCAAGAAGAAGAAGAAGUUCCGCACGCCGUCUUUCCUGAAGAAAAACAAAAAGAAGGAGAAGGCGGAGGCCUGAGGAAGCGAACGGGCGGCAGGGCGGCCGCGGGAAAGAGGAAAGACGGGCGGAGCGCGCCCUCUUUCUGUCUUUUUUUUUAUGUCUGUCCUUUUAUGUUUUUUCGUUUUGUUUUUAAUUAUAUUUGAUUUUUUUUUUUUUUUUUUAACAAGAGGUUUUAUGUACAAAAGGCUGAAGAAAGAUUUAACAAAAAACAAAACAAAAAAAAAACAGUUUGGGAUUU